CUCAUCAUCUUGCCCUUGAAAAUAUCUGUAGCAAAUCCCACUGCUUCGACCCCAAAAAUACUUCAACCCAAACAUGUCUCCCACUCAAUUCCGCCUGAUAUUCAAUGUCCCCCCAACCGGCCUUGCGGCCUGCAAAGCUGCCAUAUUUGCUGCUGGGGCGGGUCGCUACCCCGGCGGGAAGUAUACCGAGUGUUGCUGGACCACUGCUGGAACUGGCCAGUUCCGUCCUGGUGAUGCUGCUAACUCACAUACUGGGACUGUGGGGGUCUUGGAGGAGAUCCCGGAGGUCCGGGUUGAGACGAUCUGUGUGGGAGAGGAUGUUGCACGGCAGGCUGUGGAGGCAUUGAAGAAGGCUCAUCCAUACGAGCAGCCGUCAUAUAGUGUAUUUCGAAUGGAGGAUUUUUGAUCAUUUUUACUGGGAGCGUGAUUUGUGUAUUGAUGCGGCUUAGAAGGAAGGGUGGAAUUGAGUAUUUGUAUCAAGUUUGGUAUACGAUGGCUCACAUCCUCGGUUCAUAGUAAAACUCAAGAUUUGGGGAUUGGUAUAACCUCCUACCUUCGUCUGGAUCCUUUGUCUGUCCCUAAAAGCUGAAUGCAAUGCUUUAUGGAGACUCGGAG